UCCAUUUUUGUGACAAGAAAGAAAAGGUUUUAUAUAUUUGUGAAGUUAUAAUGCGCAAUGUGAGAGAGGAAGAAAAAUGAAGGAGGAAAGGUUCUUUCUCUUUUUACUGAAGAGCGCGCGACAGAAGGACGAACAGAGCUUGGAGGAAUAUAUAGGAGGAAGGACAGGUGAAGGAAGUAGGAAGGAAAAAUGAAGGAGAAUGGACUGUAAGGCUUUUUGAAGAAGAGUGAAGGGGAAGGCUUUUUUGGGAAGAGGAAAUGGUAGAAGAAAAGGAAAUGGUAGCUAAAAAUGAGAGAGGAAAUGUGCUCUGUUGUCCAUUCUAUAUCCCCCUCCACCUCUUCAUCAACUCCUCCAUUAUCUCAUUUUUCUAAAACAAAUAUAUUCAUUUCCUCCAAAAAAUGCCAUUCUUCCCUCCCCUUCUGCCGAAGCUUUUUCCUUCCCCCAUGGCGCCAAACCCCCUUCCUCCCAUUGAUCAUCCUCUACUUUCUCUCAUUUUCACAUUUUCCCUCAUUUUUGUUGUUUCGAUGGCGUCGUUUUUCUGCCAUAAAUGACCAACUGUUGUUGAGGGUUUUUGUGUGCCAACAACCCCAUACCGUGACGACCCUGAAAAUUUUUUGUUGAGAUGAUUGCGCCAUUAGGAAAAAUAAAGGUGAAGGAAAAACAAGGUUUUCGCACAUCUUAUCAGUUUUUUUG